UUUUUUUUGUUUUCCCUUUUCUUUUUUUUUCUUUUUUUAUAUAUAUACUUAUAUCUAUCAUGUCGUUACCUUUGGUCAGACAAGUAACGACUGGUAAAAAGGCUUUAUUAUUAUCCUUUGGUCAUACCACCAAUACCAAUAUACUUGUAUCAAGUCAUUAUAGAUCUGUCUCCCCUCUAUGGUCAAGAACUAAACUAUCUUUAACUCGAUCGAUCUCUAGUUCACCAGUCAUUUCAGCAAUAGCACAGCCCUCAACCGAUCUCUCUAGUGAUGGUAAACAUAUCAUUUUACCAAAUCCUUCACAACCUGCCUUCAAAAAAGCAGCUCGUGUACUUCCCUCUGGUAUAUCCGAACAAUUCGCUAUUCUCAAUGCUUGUAUUCAAUCUGGAUCUAUGGAUCGUGCUGAAAGAGUUAUGAAAGAACUUUAUCGAACUCGACCUGAAGAAAUGAAGGUGUUUGUUGAUACAAGAAUGUAUAAUACUUUUUUGAAUGGUUUUGUUGAAGGCGCCAAACCUCAAGCUCAUGAAUGUCUCGCCUGGUUUGAUCGUAUGGUUUCUUAUGGUAUUACUCCUGACGCAAACACAUAUGCCAUUCUUGUCAAAGGUUUCUUAAACAUAUCAAGUUAUCAUACCGCUAGAAUGUUAUUACAAGAUAUGCGAACAAAUACCAAUAUACAAAUGAAAAGUGUUGUUGAAUCUGAUUUCUUAUCUACCAGUGAAGUGGCCAGUUUCAAAAAGGUUAUCUCUGAAGGUCAAAGCAGUACUCAAAGCGAUGUCCAGGAAUUAUUACAAGAAUUGGAAAUAGCAGCAAAUGAUGUUUUAGGCAAAGAGUCAUCCACAUUGGCACCUGAAACAGCAUCAUUCCCUAGUAAUACGACAACAUCAAGUUCUCAAAUUAUCUAUGAAAAUAUCCCUGAAGCAAAACCAACGGAUGCCAUCGGUGUCAAAUUCUUACAAGAACAAUUGUCAGCACUACAAAACUCCAAGGAAGCACUCAAAAUGGAACCUUUCGAACUUCAAUUAGCAUUAGAGAAACAAGGCUAUGAAGUAGCUUUACAACGUUUGAUGUAUAUGCGGGAAGCUAGUAAGGAACGGGGUGAUACAUUAAAUGCACUUCAUUUGACUCCUCUCAAAAAGAUUAUGUGGGAUUGGCAUGAAAAGGUGAUUCCUCUGAUUCGAGAAGAAAUCCAAAAGUGUGAAGAUGUCAAGGCACGUGAUGUCGAACGACGAGCAUAUGGUCCUUUUUUGAAAUUGUUACCUGCGGAAAAACUCUCUAUCAUCACCAUUCUGGAACUUUUACGAUUACAUAAUUCUUCUGGUGUGGCAGAUGGAAUGAAAACGGCUCGUGCAGUGAUUGAUGUGGGCAAGGCAGUAGAAACAGAAUACAAUGCGACACAUGUGAAAAGGAUCAGUAACAAGGGACAUGUAGCAAAUAUGGCAGCCAAUGGAAAGUCUGUUAACUUGGCAGUGAAGAAAGCAUACAUGCAACAACAAGAACAAUUACAACAACAAGCAGCUAUUUCCAUGAUUGAUGGUUCUUCUUCCUCUUUACCUGAGGCUUUGGAAGCGGAUGAUGGUUUAUGGAAUCCUGUAUGGCCAAGCUCUAUUCGUGCCAAAGUUGGUAGUGUGUUGACAAGUUUAUUGAUUGAUUCAGCUCGUAUUCCUGUCCCAAGUCAUAAUCCUGAAACUGGUGAAAAGAUCAUUGAACAAAUUCCAGCCUUCUUCCAUACAUAUCAAUAUGUCCGUGGCAAGCGUGUGGGAAUUAUAAAGUUUUCCGAUCAACUUACUAAACUUGUUUCCAAGGAACCAUUGCGUGAUACUCUUCAUCCUCGCUUACUACCCAUGCUUGUUCAUCCUCGACCCUGGUUACGAUACAAUGAUGGUGGUUACUUGUCAGCAAAAUCUGUAUGCAUGCGUAUCAAGGAUUCACCCGAACAAAUGAUUUAUCUUUACAAGGCCUCAGAAAAUUCAAAAAUAGACAAUGUAUUGAAAGGAUUGGAUGUACUAGGUUCUACCAAAUGGCGUGUGAACAAGAAUGUAUUUGAUGUUGUUUUGGAAGCUUGGAAUUCAGGUGAAGCCAUUGCCGAUAUACCUCCCUCUAUUACUGAACCUUUACCUUUACCUGAAAAGCCAAUUGAUUAUGACACUGAUCCAAAAGCCAAAUUUAACUGGGUAACUCGUGUCAAGGAAAUUCAAAGCAUGGAAAAGAAUUAUCAUAGUUUACGAUGUGAUGUCAAUUACAAAGUGGAAACAGCUCGUGCGUUCUUGAAUUUACCUAUGUAUUUCCCUCAUAACAUGGAUUUCCGUGGUCGUGCUUAUCCUAUUCCUCCUACAUUGAAUCAUUUAGGUAAUGAUUUAUGUCGUGGUCUCCUUUGUUUUGAUGAAGCAAAACCUCUUGGUGAACGUGGUUGGCGAUGGUUGAGGAUUCAUAUGGCGAAUUUGUAUGGUUAUGACAAGCAUUCAUUUACGGAACGUGAAAACUUUACCAUGGAAAAUUUGGAUAAUAUUUUUGACUCGGUUGAUAAUCCCAUGACAGGAAAAAAAUGGUGGUUACAAGCUGAAAAUCCAUGGCAAUGUCUUUCAGCCUGUUUUGAAGUGGCAGCAGCAGUUAGAAGUGGUAAUCCUAUAGAAUUCAAGUCUCGAUUACCUGUACAUCAAGAUGGUACUUGUAAUGGAUUACAACAUUAUGCUGCUUUGGGUGGUGAUAAAGCUGGUGCACAAGCAGUGAAUUUGGCUCCUGGUGACCGACCUGCGGAUGUAUAUACUGGCGUUGCUGAAAUGGUGAACAAACUGGUGGAAAAAGAAGCCAAGGAAGGAAAUGAAGAUGCUCAAAUGCUUGUAGGCAAAAUUAGUCGAAAAGUGGUGAAGCAGACGGUGAUGACCAAUGUAUAUGGUGUGACAUUUAUUGGUGCUCGUGCCCAAAUUGAAAAUCGACUAAAGGAACGUGAUGAUAUACCUCCUGAACGUGUUUAUUCAUUGGCUGGUUAUUUGGCAAAGAAAGUCUUUUCCUCAUUGGGUGAAAUGUUCAAUGGUGCACGUAAUAUUCAAGACUGGCUUACAGAUUCUGCUCGACGUAUUGCGAAGAGUGUACCUAAAGAAACAUUACAAGAAACUGGUGUGUUGCCAUUUGACUCCAAAGAACAGGAAGAACAAUUCAAGCAACGAUUAGAAAAGGAAAAGGUAAAGGCAAGACGAAGUUCAAGAAAGACAACCAAGACAUUUUCAGCACGUAAUCCAUCAGCAAAUCAAAUGACAUCAGUGAUUUGGACAACUCCUCUUGGUUUACCUAUUGUACAACCCUAUCGACGAACCGGCAAAAAGCAAGUAACAACAUUAUUACAGACAGUGUUUAUUGAGGAUCCUGAUGCUUCAAGGCCUGUCAAUGCGUUGAAACAAAGUACGGCAUUCCCACCCAAUUUUAUUCACUCUUUGGAUGCUACUCACAUGCUCAUGUCUGCUGUAGCAUGUUUCGAAAAAGGAUUGACUUUUGCAUCUGUACACGACAGUUACUGGACUCAUGCCUGCGAUGUGGAUGCUAUGAAUGUGGUGAUCCGGGACCAAUUUAUUGAACUACAUACCCAGCCCAUCAUGGAGAAUUUGAUCAAUGAAUUCAAGGAACGUUAUAAAGAUUAUCGGGUACCCAAUGUGCAAGAAUUAGAUAAGGAUGGUAAUCCGGUGACAACCUCAAAAACAAAAAUCAAACGAUCUGCAGCAACCAUAUCAUCAUCAUCAUCAUCAUUAGAUUCCCCUGUCACAAUGGAACCAUCUUCUCCGAUUUCAGCCGAAAAUGAAGCACUCUUUGGAUUAGCGGAAGAACCUUUAGAAGAUGGAAAGGAAGAAGAAGACGAUGAUGAUGAAUUGAAUGAAGAUCAAGAAAUAGAGAAAAAGAAAGCAUCUGGACGAAAAUAUCGAUAUACUUGGGAUAAUUUGACGUUUGCACCAUUACCAGCAAAGGGUGAAUUUGAUAUCAAUGAAGUGAAGGAUUCUGAUUACUUUUUCCAUUAGUUAGGUUUUUUUUUACUGUCCCCCCCAUUUUUUUUUUGUUUUAUCAUCAUCAUUAUUAUUUUAUUUAUUUCAUUAUCAUCAUCAUUAUCAUCAUCAUCAUGUACAUGUAUACACACACACACUCUACUUUAUAGACCCUCC